AUGAAGGUUCAAGUAGCUUUAGUUUUGAUAUCACUUACCGCAGUCUGCAGUAGCACAUCUCUGCCGGGAGCACCUUGGGUAAUUUACCCAAGCAUCGUUGACCCAAUUGUCACACAAGCCGUCACAUUCAUUAAUGAGUAUUUUCGAAGUUUGGGAGACAACACACCACGGCAAGCAUUGCGGGUUCUUAGAGCAACUGAGCAGAUAGAAGAGUGCCAUGUGGAGUAUGUGAACCAACCAUGGUUGCCCGUUCCUUACAGCUUGAUAAAAAACGUCACUUGCGGUGAAUACCAUCCAGCCACAACGUACAAGCCUGUUAUUUAA